AUCGGGAAGGGACGAUCGCCUCCUUGAUCGGGGAGCCGGGGGUUGGGAUUACUGUCUGCGGGCCGAAGAUAUAUCUUUCCCAUCGGUGAGUAUUGAGACCGAUCCCGAGCGGGGAAAUCUGAUGUUGGCCGUCAGCCCCGAACGGCGGGCCAAUUACUCAUUUAGUACCCAGUUAUCUGGGCUCGUCAGAAACGUGUCGACUCCACUUAAUCUGCAUUGAACGACCCAAACCAGGAGCCCAGGCUGUCUCUUUCCGCAGAAUUGAAAUGGAAGUCCCGCCAACAGGUCACGUGAGGCUAUUUAGCCCCGCCCUCCGCUUUGUGACGCAAGAUCACGUGGUGUGUGCUCACACUCCCCCAUGGGUGGUGACUCUCCGGGCCCCCUGGUAGCAGCAGAGAUACAGAGGAGCAGAUUGAGAGGCAGAUUCUGGAAAGUUGGACCUGUGGUGAAAGAUUUAUUGGAAGAAAAACUGACAUCUGGAAGUAAACCAUGACUGAAAACGAGGGAACGGCGACAAAUGAGCCAGCCCGAGGAGUGAGAGCAUCAACUGGAGAGAACCCUUCUGACUCAGAGUUUCCAUUGAUUCAGUCCAGAGAAAGUCUGUUAGACCUGUGUUGAGAGAUUUAUUGGAAGAAAAGCCCACGACCGGAAGAGAACCACAACUGUACAUGAGGGAACAGCAACACGUGAACCUGCCCAAGGACUGGGAGCAUCAACUGGAGAGAAUCCUUCUGACUCAGAGAUUCCAGUGAUUCAGUCUGGAGAAAGUUUGGGCAUCACCAGCAGGUGGAGCUGUCCUGCACUGCGACCAAAGUGUAAACAAGACGACGGCAAUCAACAAUCAUCAGUCAGAAUCAGAAUGGCUACAGGUUGGAAAUUAAAUCGGGUACAGAAAAUUCUCAAGAGGUUGUUACCAGUCAACUCAUCGAGGGAAGAUGAUCGGGACAUGGGAAGCAAGGUCCCAAAGCAGGGUCAGAUUGAGAGCAAUGUCCCAAUGGAAUGCGGUCCGGCCGCAGCGGAAGUGGAGCAAGUUCAGCCCAGAGACAGUGACGUCAGAGACACUGAUCAGGACCCUGGGACCAGCACAAGUGAGGCGACUGUCUGUCAGCCCAGAGACAGUGACGUCAGAGACACUGAUCAGGACCCUGGAACCGGUACAAGUGAGGCGACUGUCUGUCAGCCCAGAGACAGUGACGUCAGAGACACUGAUCAGGACCCUGGGACCAGCACAAGUGAGGCGACUGUCUGUCAGCCCAGAGACAGUGACGUCAGAGACACUGAUCAGGACCCUGGAACCGGUACAAGUGAGGCGACUGUCUGUCAGCCCAGAGACAGUGACGUCAGAGACACUGAUCAGGACCCUGGAACCGGUACAAGUGAGGCAACUGCCUGUGAGCACGAAAGCUCAUUGAACACGGAAUUGUCAAGUCCCCAACAAGGAGCAGAGCCAGAAUUUACAAUCUCUGACCUCCUGGCAGAGGGGGAGGAAUAUCGACUGUACCAACUGACAAAUUUCUACUGGGACAGACUCAAACAAGCAAUUGAAGAAAAGGUUGAAAGACUCGGUUGCAUGUUGACAAAGGAGGGACAUUUCAGUAGAGAAGAAAAUGAGAAAGUCACCGAACUGACAGAGAAGGGAAACCGGACAGAGAGUUCCAGACUCUUCCUCAGUUUGGUGAUGGGUAAAGGCUCCCAGGCCCGGAGGGCGAUGUGGGAAUCCUUUGUGACAUGGAGGACUGAGUUACUGAAAUUGGACAGAAUACUGAGGGAAAUACAGGAACUUGGUCCUGAUCCACAGGAAUAUAUGAACAUCACCCAAGGGUUAUCUGAAUUACCCACUGAACUGAUAGAUGUUCAACAGAAACACAAGGAGACUCUGCGAGUACAAACGGAAACACUGAGAGUGAACACGAUCCUGAUGAGGGAGAAGGUGAAGGUUUUCCAGCUGGUUGAUCGAUACGCUGAGCUCACAGUCAUUUCUACUGUUCGAGAUCGGAGACUGGUGGAACAUGAGCUGCUGGCAAGAGGCAGAGACCACGAGGAGUGGAGAGAAAAACAUCUGCGAAGAGAGCUGGAAAAAAUCCGGACUGAUCAGUUGUUCCAGAGCAGCUUUUCCCGGAGUAAAUCCAAAUCUGGGAGUUCAGCAGCAGUGGCCGGAGUCCCAGGGAUCGGGAAAACAACACUGGUACAAAAGAUUGUUUAUGACUGGGCGACGGGGAAAAUAUACCAACAAUUCCAGUUUGUCUUCAGUUUCAAAUUCCGGGAUUUAAACUCCAUUAAUUGUAUAAUCAACCUCUCGAACCUGGUGCUAUUUUUCUAUCCUUACCUGAGGAAUGUUCUGGAAUCACUGUGGAAGAAUCCAGAGGGAAUGCUAUUUAUAUUUGAUGGUUUGGAUGAAUUCAAUGACACAAUUCAUUUUGCUGACAGUCGGACAGACACGGAAUCACAGUGCACAGAUCCUGAAUUCCGGUGCAAGGUGUCAGACAUUGUGUACAGUUUAAUCCAGCACAAACUGCUCCCAGGGUGUUCAGUGCUGGUGACCACCCGUCCCACUGCGUUACAUUUAAUGGAAAAGGCGAAGAUUAGUGUCUGGGCUGAAAUCCUGGGAUUUAUUAGUCAGGAACGGAAGGAAUAUUUCAUCAGGCAUUUUGAAGAUCAGACAGUGGCGGCAGCUGUUUUCAAACAUGUGAAGGAGAACGAGAUCCUGUACACCAUGAGCUACAACCCCUCCUACUGCUGGAUCCUCGCUCUGGCACUGGGCCCCUUCUUCACACAAAGAGUCAGGGACCCGCAGCGAGUUCCCAAGACCAUCACCCAACUGUAUUCCUACUAUAUUUACAACAUCCUGAAAAACCACGGCCGUCAGAUUGAGAGACCCCGUGAUGUGUUACUCAGGGUCGGUCAGAUGGCCUUCAGAGGAGCGUCCGAGAAGAAGAUUGUGUUUACAGACGGAGAUUUGAUCAAGUACAAUCUGCAGCCUUCCCGGUUCCUGUCCGGGUUCCUGAUGGAGGUUUUGGAGAGAGAGGAUUCUGUCCGGAGCGUGGUGUACACAUUCCCACACCUCACCAUCCAAGAGUUUGUAGCUGCAGUCGCACAAUUCCUGACUCUACAUCCUGAGGAUAUCCUGAAAUUCCUCACUGAAGCCCACAACACGACAGAUGGGCGAUUUGAGAUAUUUCUCCGUUUUGUUGCUGGUCUCUCCUCCCCAAUGACAGCUCGGGGCCUGGAGGAGUUUCUGGGCCCAUUUCCCCAUCAAACAACCUGCCGGGUGAUUGACUGGGUGAAGGAGGAGGUUAAACGCCAGAGUCAAAACACAGGGAGUGAAGCUGGUAAAAGGAGCCUCCUGAACACAUUGCACUACCUGUUUGAGUCUCAGAAUAGUGGACUGGCUCAGGCCGCAUUAGGAUCUGUGAAAAAUCUUUCAUUCAGUAAAAUAACACUGACCCCGAUUGACUGCGCGGUCCUGUCUCAUGUCAUCGGACUCUGUGAUACAAUAAAACACCUCAACCUGGAAAGGUGCCACAUUCAGUGUGAAGGAAUCCAGCGGCUGGGACCCGGGCUACACAAGUGCCAAGAGUUGAGACUGAGUGAUAAUAAACUGGGAGAUUCAGGAGUGAAACUGGUGUCUGCGGCUCUGAGGAACCCGGAGUGUAAAAUACAGAAACUGGAGCUGGGGAGUGUCGGUCUCACAGUUUCUGGUGCUGAGGAUCUUGUCUCCGGUCUCAGUACAAACCCAUCACUGAUGGUGCUGAACCUGAAUGAUAAUAAACUGGGAGAUUCAGGAGUGAAACUGGUGUCUGCGGCUCUGAGGAACCCGGAGUGUAAAAUACAGAAACUAUGGCUGAGGGAUGUCGGUCUCACAGAUUCUGGCGUCGAGGAUCUCGUCUCCGCUCUCAGUACAAACCUGUCACUGACGGAACUGAACCUGGGAUCAAACUCGCUGACAGACCGAUCUGUCCCCGCUCUCCGCCGCCUCAUACAGACCGUCCUGUGUCUGCAGUGGAUCGGGCUGUACAGGAAUCAGUUCAGUGAGACCGGGAUGAAGGAACUGAGAUCUCUGCGGGUAUUCAGACCCGGACUGAAAGUGAUCCUGUGAACAUCUGAAUGUGUGAACAUCCCCGCCCGCGGGAUGGGGACAUUUUCGCCGAUUCCCCGCCCUCCCCUUUAACUCCCCGUCCUCCCCUUUAUCUCCCGCCCUUACAUUUAAUGGCCGCCAGACAGGUUUAAUUCCCAACGGUUCUCACGGAACUGGGUCCAGUCGCGCUCUCUGUGACAUCGAAAGCGGUCCUGCAGUGAUGUAUUUCCACCUAUUGUCCAGCUUCGCACCUUCCGCCAAAUGUGCGGGUUCAAGACUCCCCGACAUGAGACCCCGGGAAAAAAUACACAGACGGGAGGAAGCCGAGGGAGACUGUGUCCCUGGAGAGAAUCCUUUUGCUCCCUUUGCUGAGGACGGUGCAUUGGGCAAUCUUGCCGAUAUAAUGAUGUUAAAUUGACAAAUACCUGGACAGUGACCCUGGAUCUGCAGCGAUCUCGGUCACGGCCCUCAAGUGUGAUUUUAUAAUCGGAAACUCGAAGAAAUCUGCAGAUGCUGGAAAUUCAAGCAACACACAUCAAAGUUGCUGGUGAAUGCAGCAGGCCAGGCAGCAUCUCUAGGAAGAGGUACAGUAGACGUUUAGGGCCGAGACCCUUCGUCAGGACUAACU